AUAUGAUUUUAUUAAUAUUCGAAUCUAUAAUAUCUUUAAGUAUUUAAAAUGACACAAUUGACACAAAGGAUAUUUGUUACUGUUGGCACAACCAAAUUUGAUGAACUAAUCGAGACAGUACUUAGCUCGGAAGUUUUAGAGGUAUUAUCGUCAAAAGGAUAUUAUGAAAUCAUCUUGCAAAUUGGCAGAACGUUAUUUGUACCAGAUUGUACUCCACGUUGUGGUUUUGUCAAUAUUGAAUAUUUCAAUUUAAGCGCAGAUAUAAUUAACUAUGUACAAAAUGCUGAUCUUAUUAUAAGUCAUGCAGGGGCAGGAAGUAUUUUAGAUGCUUUAGAGUGUAGAAAAAAUUUAAUUGUAGUUGCAAAUGAAAAUUUAAUGGAUAAUCAUCAAUUAGAAUUAGCUGAGCAACUCUAUGAAGAUAAACAUUUAUACUAUUGUACUUGUAAAACUUUGUUAAAUACUAUACAAGCCAUGACUUUUACUCAGUUAAAACCUUUUGUUAAUAAAAGAAGUAGACAUAUUGCUAAAUUUAUAGACCAAAUAAUGGGAUUUUCAUCAUGAAAGAAAGUUUGAAAAAUAUUCCAAGAAAUACAGUUUUUUAUUUCUCAUUUAUAAUAAACAAAAAUAUUUAAGAGGUUAAUGUUUAUAUUUUGCUUAAUUUAUUUAGAUUUUUAUUGUUCUACAAUAUGGAUAUAUAAGAGCUUUAUUUGUUAUAACAGAUAUAGCUUUAGUAUAAUUUACAACAAUAUAGUUUAAAUAACUAUUCCUUAAAAUUAUGAUUUAAUAGCAUAGAAAAAUUUAUAAUUUCUGGUUAAUAAAAAUAGUAACGAAGAAUAGUGGCAGUUAUUGUUAGAUACUUUUUAUAGCAUCUUUGUAUGGUUGCUAAUUUUUAAAAUAAAAGCUAUAUCAGUAAAAAUA